AAAUUAAAAUAGACAGAUGUCGAAUCCUCUUUAGAUAGAGUUACAGCGCUGCUUUAUUAAGUGUCAUACGGUAUUCUGAGGCACCAGCGAGUAUUUUUUGAGCGACUUUCACCAAAAUACCGUGUCAGACAUGAGCACCUCCCCGCGGGUCAGAGCGGAAUGGUCUCGGCCACACCGCUGCGGAAAGAAGAGGGCGAUUUAAAACAGAAAGCGAGCAGGUUUUGUGCGUACACGGUAUUUAUUGAGGGAUUUUUAUGUUUUGUAGGUUCCUCUUAUGGGUUAAUGGUGUUGACUGUGAUGUCUCAGGCUGAACUACUGCAGGAGGUGGUGCAGUGGAGCCCGGGGACAUGUCAACAGCAGCUGAAGGGGGUCCUGCCAAAACUCAUCUCCAUUCAUCGUGACACAAACAGCUGGAAUGAGCACAUAAAUGUUCUGCAGAUUAUAGUAGACCUGUUUCUUCCUCAUCUCCCUCUGUCAGAAAUUGAGGAAGAAUGUUUCUCCAAAGUCCUACCCAAGGUGGUGGCGAUGUUUUCUGGUCUUUUGGAGGAGAUUUCCAAGCAAAUCGGAGACCUGUCCAGCCAGAACACUGAGAUGCAGUCGUUCCUCAGGAGUAUUCUGCAGAUGAUGGUGCAGACUUUGGAGGCUCUGUCUGCCUGUGUGCGUCACGUGUCUGCUCUUGGUGAGGCAGUCCCCCUGGACUCUAUCCGGUCUCUGCCCUUAUGUGUCCUCCAUGUCUUAAAGGACACUUUCCAGCACUGCAAGGAUAGUGAGGUUGUGUACAGCGGGAGACUGUCGCUAGUGGGGGAUCUGCUCCAGGGCCUGUUCAGAGAAGCCUACUCCCUGCAGAAGUGCCUAAUGGAGCUGCUGGAUAAGAUCAGACUGGUGAACAGUGCUUCUGAAGAGGAAGUAUCUGAUAUAGUCACAGUGAUUCACAGUUUGUUGGACAUAUGCUCAGUUAUAUCUAAUCUGGAUAUUGCUCUGCAUGCAAACACAUGGAAGGUCAUCAUCAAGCAGAGUGUGAAGCACCAGUCUCUGGUGGAGGAGCAGUUGCGGCACAGUGACCUUGUCACUUUGUUGUGUGAGGACAUGCUGGCCUCAGUGCAGAACUGUCUGGAGCUGGCUGAGCAGAUGCAGCAGUCAGGUCUGAAGGAAAUGCAGUGCCCUGAAUACAAGGUUUUCCAAAAAACCAUGAAGAUGUGCAGGUUUUUUGCCAACACAUUGGUCCAUUACAUAAAGGAAUUUAAUCCAUUUCUUUCAAAGUUCUGUAGUCGUUUUCACCAGUUGUACCUGCGAGUGCUCAGUAAAUUUCCUCCUUGCCCCUCAGCCCCAUCCGUUCCUGUUGGCAUGGGUGAAGAGCUGAGUAGUGCUAUUUUGGUUCCCAUGGAUGCUAUGCUGGCACAGCUUUUACCCAUGAGGUCUUUUGUUGAGAGUGUCCUGUCCGCGAACCACACAUACAGUCCGGAGCACGCUCUGCCACAGUGCCUCCUGCUGGUGAGUGUGUUGGGGAAGCUCAGCGCCCAGACGGAUGAGAUACGGUGUCUCUGGUAUGAUGGCAGUCAGUUCUCAGAGGAAACACUCAGGCUGUCUGUCUUUGAGGCAAUUUUUCUGAGUUUCCGCCAGUGUUUAUUAGAGAGGGCUGUUCCUGUACGGGUACCUGGGGUGAUGAUUCGUGGCCAGGCUCAGGGCUCAGUGAGCCUGCAACAGCAUGUGUGUGUGCACCUGUGUGGCUGUGUGGCAGCGCUGCCCGCUCGACACUUCCCAAAACUGGAGCGGUCAUUGUUAGACGCUGUGCUGCAGGCAGACACCCAGACGGCCGUAUUAGCCACUGACGUCUGGUGCUUUCUGGCACGAUAUGGCACUCCUGAGUUAUGUUUGCACCACGUUCUCCUCGUCGCUCACCUGAUAAAGUCAUGUUCGGGGGCGAGUUAUCAGUUGACUCAUUUGGGAUUGCUGCUGAGACGCCUGCUUUUUCUUAUGACUCCAAACCACCAGUUGGAGUUGGUUGAGUGUUUUUUGCCAUCUAAGGAAGAGAACCUGAGUGUGUGGAGUCCUGUGCUGCUAAGUAGUCUGUGCUCAGAUGUGCGUGCUCGUGUGGUGAGGGAGGUCUUGAGUAGCGCCCGAACUGCCCUUGAUGCUUGGCAGGCCACGGGAUGCCGGCUGGGGAAGAUACACACACUGAACAAGUCACUAAGUUGUUUGUUGGUGGUGGUCCGAGGCGAGCCCCUGCAGCCCGAGUGUACAACUUCUUCACUACAUAUUGUUCAUCAGCUGUGGAACUGCAUGGAUCCUGUCCAGAUUCAGACCCACCCCUCCCUUCAGUGUACCUUGAGGCUUCUUCUGUCCAUUUCAGGGAAGUUGAUAAAAAGUAUUGAACCACAGGCCAUAGUUCAGGGAUUUUCCUGUCUCACUGGCCUGAAUCUACAAAUGUGCCCGGAUGACUUGGUGCUGGCUGCUUUAGAGUAUUUGGCCUCCAUAGGGAAAGUGUACAUUCCUUCUGAUAUUCAGUUUCAGGUGCUGCCCCGACUCAGCUGCCUGUUCAGCACACUACUGAAUCACGAGUCCUGGCUGCUCCAUCAGCACACACUGGAAGCUUUUGCAAUGUUUGCUGAGGCCACCAAUCAUGAAGAGAUCCUCUCUCAAAGCCUGACCACAGAGGAGACAAAGAGCAAAGUGGUGAACUUCCUUAGUAAAAUCAUUGCAGGCCAGCAGGUGAUGGGAGUCCGCAUCGAGAGGCUGAGGGCUGAGGCAGCAGUGAUUGAAAAACACAGUGACAGACAGGAGAGAAGGGAAAUGACACCUGAACAAACAUCUGUUGCUGAGCCAUCUGCCAAGCGCCCUCGGCAGGAGUCCUGUACAGAGGACGAGUACGAGCGCUACCUCACGGCAGCGGAAAGUGCUCUGAGGGCACUGCAGGGUAUCGAAGGUGCAGCUUUUCCCCUUCCACAGUGGGUAACAUCAAGACUGCAAGCCUUACAAACACUGAUCACAGAAAUCAGCAGCAAUGGUCCCCAUCCAUCCUAACAAUGAAUCUCAGCAGCUUAUCCUGGUUCUCUCAGUUUCUCUGGAUGUUUCAGCUGUAAUUAAAUAAUGCCACUAAGAGAACAUUUUUAAAAAGUUAGUUUUUUUGUAUUAACUUUCUCUCUACUAUUUGUACAUUAAAUGUAUAUCUCACCUAA